AUGCACGGAUUAAGACAGCACGCACAAACGUCGAGAUUCGUGUCAAGGUCUACUUUAAGAACCUUGCGCGGGGUUUCUGCCUGCCAAGGACGACGAUAUGCUGGUACGACGCCAACGGAGGCCCAGGAGAAACCCCCGCCGGCUGGAGGGGAGCUCCCAAGUAUCGUGACGUCUAAAUUGCUGCGUGUAACGCGCGAAACAGCGCUCAAGUCUCCAGGGUUAAUGUGGACGAGCGAACCAGAGAGCGCGAGUCCAGACGGAGGAAGGGAGACGCGUAAAAUGAACAUGUACCAGGCUGUUCGCGAUGCAUUAGGAAUCGCCCUUUCAACAGAUGAGAGUGCAGUGGUCUUUGGCGAAGACGUCGCGUUUGGAGGUGUCUUUCGAUGUACGAUGGGGCUGGCACAAGAAUAUGGCAAAGAGCGGGUGUUCAAUACUCCACUCACAGAACAGGCAAGUACAAACGGUAUCGCGGGCUUCGGUAUUGGACUUGCCGCGAUGGGGCAAACAGCGAUUGCAGAAAUCCAAUUUAGCGACUACAUCUUCCCUGCAUUCGACCAACUCGUGAACGAGGCCGCAAAGAUUCGAUAUCGCUCUGGUGGACAAUUCAACGUCGGAGGGCUCACCGUUCGAACGCCGUGCAUGUCCGUUGGACACGGUGGAUUGUAUCACUCUCAGAGCCCGGAGGGAUUCUUCCUAGGUGCUUCUGGACUCAAAGUAAUCAUUGUCUGGCCUAAAGAGAAAGGCAUUGACCAAAUGACUAGGUUGUCGUUCCCCGGUCACCUAUCCAAGCUAAAGGGCUACUCCUCGCCUCAAUUCGAGACCCAAACCCAUACCGAUAUCGGACUAUACACUCCCCCUUUCGAAGAUGGAAACGCUCGUACGAGGUUCGGAUCUGACAUUACUUACCUGGGGCACACCCCUCUAUACAUGCGAAAUGGCCAUGUCGAUGCUAUCAUCCCCACCUCCAUCAUUACAGGAGAAGACUUUGUACCUCGUGACGCAAGAAAGGCAAACAUCGAGUUGAUCGACCUGCGGACUAUCCUCCCGUGGGAUAUGGAAGGCGUCAUCGAGAGCGUAAACCGGACAGGCCGUCUAGUGAUCGUUCACGAGGCUGGUAGGACGGGAGGCGUCGGAGCAGAGAUUGCAGCAGAGGUCCAGAAGCGGUGCUUCCUCAAACUUGCAGCACCAGUGAAGAGGGUCUGUGGUUGGGAUACCCCGGUCGGGUUGCAGUACGAAAAGUUUUACAUCCCAGACGCGUUGAGAAUAUUAGAUGCUAUGGUAGAGACACUCAAGUACUAG